UUUGAAAGACCUGUGUCCUCAGGUGUCUUCAGACAGGGCAGCAGCACAGGAUAGACAGUCCCCUGUCCCUAUUGUUCUAAGCACUAGAUAGAAGCAUUCUCAGAUAGUGGAGGAACGUGUGAACAUGGAGCUUCUCCUUCUUCCCAUCAUGCUGUCCUUUUUUACUCCAGCGCUUUCAUCAGCUGCAACACCCUACUAUAUGAUCACAAUACCUGCUCAGAUGACACAACCUUCAGUGGAGAAAGCUUGUGUUACCAUACUCCAUCUGCAGGGGGAGCUAAAACUUGGGAUGGAGUUAAAGAAAGAUGAGAAAAUUCAACUAGUGACAGAGGACACAAUAAACACCCCCAAUUAUUUCCACUGUUAUUCUUUUCAGCUCCCAACUCUUGAAGAGCCAAAAGAGGUUUGGUUGUUCCAUGUAUCUGCUCAAGGAAAGCACAUCAACAUUGACCAGUCCAAAAAGGUUAUGCUAUUGAAAGGGACCCAUGUGACUUUAAUCCAGACUGAUAAACCUAUCUACAAGCCUGGACAGACAGUCAAUUUCCGAGUUGUAACUCUGGACAAAACCUUCCGUGCACAAAACGUCAAGUAUCCAUUGGUGGAAAUAAUAGAUCCAAAUGCUAAUCGCAUCGGACAGUGGCUGGAUGUGUCACAGAAACAAGGAAUUGCAGAUUUUACCUUCCCUCUGACGAAGGAGAUCACGUUAGGAGAUUACACAAUAAGAAUAUCCAACAUGCAUGAAACAUCAUUCUCUGUGUCUGAAUAUGCCCUGAAGAGAUUUGAGUUUAACAUUAACUCACCAUCUAAAGUGGCUGUGGCUGAUGAAGCUUUUGCCAUUGAAGUAUGUGGAAGUUAUACAUAUGGAAAGCCAGUUCUGGGCGCUAUUAACGUAUCUGUCUGCCUACGAAAAUGUUACGGAUGGUGGGACUGCAAUUAUCUGAAAACUGUUGUGGAAAACACAGAUGAUGUAGAUUUGCAGGGGUGCCUGCAAAUAAAAGACGUGCAGACUGAUGACCGAGGUUGCCUAUCCAGGGAUAUUGACCUUGAAUAUUUCAAUGUCUCCAAAACAGACAAAAAACAAUAUGUAGAAAUCAGAGCUUCGCUGACAGAGGAGAAUACAGGUUACAUGGAGAAGGCAUCAGAGGGUUUCCUCAUUCAUGUUUCCGACAAAAUGGAUUUUGAGGACAUUGCACAGUAUUACCAGAAAGGAAUCCCUUUUACUGUCAAGCUGAAAGUUAUUGACAAGAAAGAACAACCCAAGGUGAAUACAACGGUCUUCUUGGUAGUGGGCUUUGAAAGUGGAGACGUCAAUCUGACAUCAGUGACCAAUGAGAAGGGCCUUGCAACGUUUACAAUGGACACCUCUACAUGGGAUGACAUGGUGUCAGUGAUGGGAAAGUUUUCGUUGGAAGAGAAUGAAGGAAUGUGGCCAAGUGCAUAUACCUGGAUCUACCCCUUCUACUCUGAGACAAACAGCUAUGUGAAAGCAGAAGCCUCCACUGACAGUCCAUCAUGUGACACUGAUGUGUCAGUAAACGUGGAAUACUACAUCAAUAAAAAGGAGCUGGACCCUCAGUCUGAACAACUGUCCUUCUUCUACUUAGUUCUGUCUAUAGGAAUUGUUUCUUCUGGGGAAUAUAAAUUGGAUACUAGAGAACAGUCACUCGGUUCUGGUGGUGUUAUAGAGGGAAGAUUUUCAUUGAAGUUUCCAAAAACUAUUGAGUUGUUUCCUCGCGUUACAUUUAUAAUCUACACUGUAUUGCUAAAUGGAGAUGUUGCAGCAGGCAAAACAAAAAUGAAUAUUCCAGCAUGCCUAAAGAAUAAGGUCCAGCUCAAGUUCUCUAAAGAAAAGGUUCAUCCAGGAGAAAGGGUGAAUCUAGAGGUCAGAUCAGAGUCUGGAUCCUUCUGUUCUGUACGCUCUGUAGAUAAAGGACUUCUACGUCACAAUUAUAAUGAAGCAUUAGUAGAGUUACCCUUAGAAUUGAUUUCUCACAUCUCAAUCAACAUGGAAGUGAACAAACGAGGUUUUCCUUUUGCAAUCGAGGAUUUUGAAAAAUAUCCUUGCCUGAGAAAUGAGAAGGAAAAAUCAGAGAUACAAGAAGCAGCUUGGUAUCAAAAUGAAGGAGAUGUUUUCUCGUUGCUUAAGGAAAGCAGUCUGAAGGUUUUUACAAACACAAAGAUACGAAAGCCAGUACAGUGCUCUCUUCCUGACUACAUAAAGCGUACUUCCAGGAAAAAACAAAAUACUGUGGAGUUAGAUACCUCGCUUUCUUCAGCAAAGAAUAAGCACACAAAGAAGCCUAUAAUACGAAGGUUUUUCCCAGAUACGUGGUUAUAUGACCUGGUUUCUGUGGGCCCACAGGGACACACAGUGCUAAACCUGACGACCCCUGAUAGUAUCACUAAUUGGAAGACUGAUGCCUUCUGCCUGGGGAAGUCUGGACUUGGGAUGAUCUCUGAUAUAGUGCUCACCAGCUUCCAACCUUACUUCAUUGAUCUGAUUUUACCAUACUCUGUAGUACAAGGAGAGAAAUUCAGUGUCACAGCUGUAGCCUUUAGUUACCUAAAGGAUUGCAUGAUGGUGUUUGUGUCUCUACCUGGCUUGGAUGACUACAUUUCCAUCAAGAACAGGGAGCAGUCUAGAUGUAUCUGUGCAGAUCAGUCAACCAGCUUUACUUGGAAUUUAACUGCGUCCAAACCAGGAAACAUAAAGGUCCAUGUUAGCAGUGCCUCUCUCCAGCUUGAUGGGGGAUGUACAGAUAAGAUCCACAAGCUGGGUAAGGAUCACAAAGAAGACCAUGUCGAGAAAACCAUCAUAGUGAAGCCUAUGGGGAUUUUAGAGGAAAAGGCACAGACAUCUCUCUUGUGUCCGUCAGGAAACAGCAUACGGGCAGAACAUUCUCUGGACAUUCCAGACAGGUUGGUGUCAGGCUCUGAAGAGGCCCACAUCACUGUACUAGGUGACAUAAUGGGCACUGCUAUUGCUAACUUGGGAAACUCGCUCUCACUUCCUAAAGGAUCUGGGGAAAGUAAUUUAGUGGCAUUUAUUCCAAAUAUUUACAUAGUGAAGUAUCUAGAAAGUACCAAGCAAUUGGCACCUGACAUCAAGACCAAAGCUCUCGACUUUCUGACUUCUGGAUACCAGAGACAGCUGUUGUUUAAAAAUGAAAAUGGCUCUUAUAGUGUAUACCAUGGCUCUCCGGGCAGUGCAUGGCUCACCGCCUUUACAGUGAAAUCUUUCAGUCAUGCUCAAGACCUGAUCUACAUCCACGAGAAGCACAUAGAGGAUGCUGUAAGAUGGCUGAGCAGCCUGCAGAUGGCCAAUGGCUGCUUUGAAAACGUGGGAGAAAUUUUUAAUAACUACCUAAUGAGAGAUGCAAAGGAUGAGGUGACACUGACAGCGUAUAUAGCGAUCGCCCUGAUGGAACACGGCAGAGUGUACAAUAGCACAGUUGUGGAGAAAGCAUUGAAUUGUCUAGUGGAUGCAGUAGAUGGAGUGAACAGCACCUACAAUCAGGCUCUCCUUGCGUAUGUUUUUACCUUGUCAGGAGACAGACAGCAAAGACAGAACAUGCUGAAUAUCCUGGAUAAGGUUGCCAUAAGGAAAGAUGGGAGCAAGCAUUGGGCAGCAGAUGCCAUGGAUAAUGGAGAUGUAGAAAUUUCUGCCUAUGUUCUCCUCGCCCUACUCUCGGAUCAGACAACUUCACACCAAGAUGUCGAGGAGGGUUCCACUAUCAUCAGCUGGAUUGUCAAAAAGCAGAACUCACGGGGUGGUUUCUAUGCAACUCAGGAUACAGUGGUGGCACUUCAAGCACUGACAAAAUACGCAAAGGCCACUUACAGCGAUACCCAGGAUGUGACUGUGACAGUCAGGUCAUUGUCUGGAUUUCAGAACCAGUUUCAUGUAGACAAAACCAAAAGCCUCUUAUUACAAAAAGAAACCUUAGCAGACAUCCCUGGAAAGUACACACUGACAGCCACAGGAAAUGGAUGUGUGUACAUACAGACACAUCUUAAAUAUCAUACCUCUCCUGCCAAAUCUGACACUUACUUCGCCCUCACUGUCAGUACCCAGCCUUCAGUUUGCACCGAUAUAGCACAGACGAGGUUUGAAGUUCUCGUGGCUGUCAGUUAUACAGGUGAAAGAAAUGAGUCUAAUAUGAUACUGGUAGAAGUGGAAUUACUGUCUGGAUUCACUGCAAGUACAGCCAGUGUGAAAAAGUUACAGAGAAACCCUAUUGUGAAAAAUACACAAAUCACACCAGAAAAGGUUAUAAUUUUCUUGGAAAAGCUCACUCAUGACACCGUGCACAUAGGCUUUGCCAUCAAACAAGCAAUGAACGUGCAAAACCUGCAACCCGCAAAUGUGAAGAUUUUUGAUUAUUAUGAUCCAGAUGAACUUGCUGUGGCAGAAUACAAUUCUCCCUGCAGUACAGUGGAUGGGCAUUGUGCAGUUGGUGUCUCUGAAAGGAAGGAUUGUGGGCACCCAGGGAUAAGCGGUGAAGAAUGUGAACAGAAAGGCUGCUGUUUUGACUCCAGUGAGCCUAGGUCCAUUUGGUGCUUCUUCCGAGGUUUGGAGAAAGAAGAUGACCUUCACUAAAAUCCUCUAUCUGAGAUCAAUUCUUGAAUUCACUCUUUGGACUACAGUUUAGGAUAAUUGAUUUGAGAUGUUAUAGCACAUCAGGCCAACCAGUAUGAGAAUAAAAUUACCAAAUGUCUUUUAAA